CAGAAAACCUUUCACUACAAUUCUAAACUAUGGAGCAACAAAGUCGACUUCAACCUUCCAGGAGGGAAGACUGGGUUGGACACUCACGAGACCAAGUUACCCACUUAUUGGAACACACCGUUUAACAAGAUCUGUCUUGGAAUGAAGAUCGGUCAGCAGUUCAAGUCUGUUGUCAUCAACCAUCAAGCCAGAUCCCUGUAUUCACUGAUCGCAGAUGGCAAAUACCGAGCUACUUCACUGGGCCGUAACACGUGGAAGAAGCUUCUUGGGUCUCGGGCCUCUUUACAACCCAACUGUAACAAGGAAGGAUUUAACGUAGUUGGUAUCCACAGUGCCUGGUCUAAAGCAAGGAUUGGUAUCCUUGGAAACAACGAGAACGACUGCAGCAACUGUGACUCCCGUAUCGGUUUUGGCACUGGAGGGAAGCACGAUGACUCGAACACGUGUGGCAACGAAGCUACAACCGCGCCAGAUAAUGGCGACCAGCACAUCAAAGCUAUGGGAUACAUCUUGGUUCAAUAAGUUCUGCAAUACGCAGAAAAAACCUUCGAACGGCCCUAAAAGGCAACUAAGAAAUUCUUUAUUCUAGUCAAAAAGCGGUUAAAAAUUGAAUCUAGGAUAAGGGAUUUGUAAGAAUGAGAUGAAAUAAAAUCCUCAAUUGAAAAGGCCAGAAAGUUUCUUUCUUUAUUAUGCUUCAGUCUCUGUAUUACUUGGAGUAAACAAGUAUCGCCUCUGGUGACAAAAACUUGCGCACGUACAUUUUUGCUAGAAUGAGAGCAGUCUCUUCCCUUUCUUUUUGCGUCACAGAAGAUAGAGAGCAGGAGUGAGCGGCGAAGCCGCGAGGAACGAAGGCGGAAGCUCGUGCCAAGAGGAAAAAGGACUCUAUCUGCCCAAGCUCUGCCCCAAUUUCUCCUGCUUUUUAACAUGAUUUGCAUAAUUUCACUUUUUCGCUCGCCGCGCGUCUCUUUGAGUAAAGAAGUGCGAUCGCUCAGGGUCUAGUUUUUGUUUGAAUUAUUUCAUUGUUCUCAAACGCAACUGAGUGACGCCACUACACUUUCUCCUUAUCAAUCACAUUAUAGUCAAGGAAACACCAUUAGCUUCCCUAAGCAGUGGUACGCCUAGCAGUUUUGCGCUCCUCAACAAAAUAUACCCACAAAAAAUUAUAUACAUGACUUUCAUGCUCAUAUUCCUGAAUAACCUUUACAAUGGCCGCUUCUAAAAACGUGAACUGCUCGAAACACGUGGAAAAAAUAAAAACAUAAAUUUGCACCAAGUGACCAAUGUUUUCCUAUACUUUUCGCUUACUGUGCAUUGUAACUUCAAAAAAACCCAUUUUGAGAAUUCCCAAUUUGAAUCUGACGUUUGCCUUUUUAUUGUCGUAAACUCUAAAUCCCUGUAAUGUUAAACUCUUUGGACAUGAGGCGAAUCACCAGCAGCAGCUGUUUAUGGGGACUUCGAUCUCUACACUGGGAAUAACCACAUUGUUACACUUAGCGCGAGAUUAAGCUCAGUCACAAUCGCAGAAAGCAACAGUGGCAAAAUUUAACAUCCCUUCAUCUUAGUCAACUUCUGAUAUCAUAAGCUGCUUUAUACUAAAAAUACAGAUUCAUGAAUGCAGUCUUUACACAUGGAAUUUUACAAAGAGAAUGUCUCUUCGGACAGACCAUUAAUCCUACAAGUUUUCAUGCUUACUGACAUUAACCAGUUGAAAAGACUGUACAAAUAAAUCAUGCUUGAGCGAAAUUGCUAUCAAAUGCGACUGUUUCACGAACAAAGUUCAUUAGUUGGAAAAUACCGCAUAGUUCAACAGCAAAUAACACACGAAUUGCACAUAUUCACUAUGAUAGUUAUCCGGCCUCAGAAAGCUGUUCUUUGCAUAGCUAGGAGUAAAAGAGCCAAAUUAAGUGUCUAAAUCGGUACUCGCGGUCCAAACUGUUCACAUUGACCAUUUUUAUAUUGCCCAUUAAACACCCUUCAGUCUACAAAGUUUUGCAUAUUAACCAUUGUUUUCAAUUUUUCCGGGGUAUAACAGACGUCCAAGGGAAAUAGAAGACAAUCCUUAUGCAAUCUUUGAGGGCUUACAGCGAGGUGUAUUAUGGGUAAUGUGAAAAUGGUAAAUUGCCAUUAUCAGCAAAACAACUGCAUUUCAGAGAGCCAUGAAAUAUAAAAGCUGAUUGGUGAUAAUAUCAGAAAAAAGAUUACAUUAAAUGAUAAAUAAGAAACACAAGCUCUAUAGGUUACUUAGUCGCAUCUCUUUCCUCCACAUAAACGAAUAUCAGGAGAAAAUAUUUCUCCGCAAAUAUAUUCACGCUUUUUUAAAACGAUUAAAAACGUACGAAAACACCCGGUAAUUUCCACAGAGAGUAACGCAACAUUGAAUCGAUCACUUUCUUGGUUAUUCUGGCUCCAGAGGUCACGCGAGCAAUCUCUUGGGGAGACCGGGGUUCGAGGGAAAAGAAGAGUUUCUCCUUACCCUCCCCUCCCUACUCUGCUCCCGCACACAAAUGUCUGAUGUAUCCUUAGCCAGUCAUCCAUGUAGUGAUUAAAUAGCAAGCCAUAAAUUCACUGGAGAAACUCAAUUACAACAACAAAAACUUGUCUAAAUGAAGACUUGUCUAAAUGAGGGAAAGAUUUCAAACUAAUUCACGAUUUAAGCUGUGAACGGUUGAGACCCUUAACUUCCGUAUUUCCAAUGCUUUAAGUCAUUUAUCAUUCUAUGAAUUUUCUGCUUUGUCUUUAUACGUAAAGAAACUGAGGCAUGGCUAUAAACAGCCGUCUGCUGGUUACAGAGUAAACUGAGUACGUAAAUUUUUGUAGCUAGCUAAGGUCGAGGAAAUCUAGAGAAUGCUUCAAUACUAUGGAAAAUUACUAUUUGGAUUUCAGUAAUGUUCCUUCAUUUCAACCGGCCACUAAGCUGAAAACGAAAUAAGUCAUGAUGUAAGCGAACAUUGCAGUAUUAAAAGCCCUCAACACUAAAUCUUGAAAUUUAGGGUAGAUAUUUAAGACACUAGUGUUUACGUUUACACACGAAAAACAGAGAGAAUUGCUUGUAAAUUUAAUUUCUUCAGUAUUUUAGAAAAUAAAAGUGAAAAUUGAUGCAUUAAUGGUUACGAAUGAACUAAAAUACCGAUAAGAAAAUGGUAAGAAAAUAUUAAGAAAACAUAAUUGAAAAUAAAUUGAAAAAGAAAACUCAGACACUUUACGAAAUGUUCAAACUAAGGAUAGUUUAUGAAUCACUAAAUUAUGAGGAUUGAGCAGUUUCAUACAUAUGGCGGUAAUGAAGAAUCCUCCUUAUCGACAAAGUCAGUAAUAACAACGCUCCACGAUGUUUUAUAAGAUUACUCAAUUUCGACCAAACAUCGCUUAUCUGAUAAGAAAGAUUUCUUUUACGAGAUUUCUAAAUUUCCAUGGUGUCCUAACUUUAAGUGAAACAAACAAACAAACUGGGAGUAAUCAAUAAAGUAGUAUGUUUUAACAGAUCCAGUGAAAUAAAAGAGUAUUUGCUUGAUGUUGAAUCUGCAAAAAUUCCUGUAUACUGUCACAUGACCAAGCAUGGGCUUGAUGCAUGCGGAGGAGGUGGAUGGACGCUGGCCAUGAAGAUCGAUGGCACAAAGGUAUUAAAGUUAAAUGUUCUCACAAGUUUCAAAGUUUGUCAUCACCUAAUUUCCAAUAUAAAGGUAAACUUACAAUGUAAGUCACAAGUCCACGUCAAAUGAAAGAAAGGGAAUCUACUACGCGUAGAGUAGGUUUGAAAAGUUUUAGCUCAGUUGACUGUAAGUAGUAACAGACAAAGUAUGAAGAGAAUAAUAUGUGAGGACUUCGCGACAAGACCAAUGAAAACCGAGGCGAGACUGUAUCAUAUUUCUCAAACAGAUAAAACAGCAAAGUGAUAGUAUUCUUUAUGAAUGAGUUAACUGAUUUUUUUUUUCCAGAAAACCUUUCACUACAAUUCUAAACUAUGGAGCAACAAAGUGGACUUCAACCUUCCAGGAGGGAAGACUGGGUUGGACACUCACGAGACCAAGUUACCGACUUAUUGGAACACACCGUUUAACAAGAUCUGUCUUGGAAUGAAGAUCGGUCAGCAGUUCAAAUCUGUUGUCAUCAUCCAUCAAGCCAGAUCCUUGUAUUCACUGAUCGCAGAUGGCAAAUACCGAGCUACUUCAUUGGGCCGUAACACGUGGAAGAAGCUCAUUGGGUCUCGGGCCUCGUUAGAGACCAACUGUAACAAGGAAGGAUUUAACGCAAUUGGUACCGAGAGCAAAGCCUCAAAGGCAAGAAUUGGUUUCAUUGGAAACAACGAAAAUGACUGUAGCAGCUGUGACUCCAGGAUCGGUUUUGGCACUGGAGGGUAUCACGAUGACUCCAACACGUGUGGCAACGAAGCUAUAGCCGCAGAUAAUGGCGACCAGCACAUCAAAGCGAUGGGAUACAUUUUAGUCCAAUAA